AUGGCUCAGCCCGAGGAGAAGCGCGUCAAGCUGGCCGUUGCUCGCCAUACCGCCACGGCGCCCGUGAACAUUGCCGUUAUCAAAUACUGGGGUAAGCGCGAUACAAAGCUGCUGCUGCCCAUCAACGAUUCCCUGAGCGGCACCCUGAGCCAGGAUGAGAUGCAUGCUCGCACCACCGUGGCUGCCUCGGAGAGCUACGCCGAAGACACCCUCUGGCUCAACAAUGAACAAACGGACAUUUCUAACCCUCGCGUGCAAAACGUCAUUCGCGCCAUGCGGGCCAAGGCCAAGGCCGCCCACCCGGACAGCACCCUCCCCGAGCAGAAGCUGCUCAUCUGCUCCGUCAACAACUUUCCCACCGCUGCUGGCUUGGCCUCGUCGGCCGCUGGAUACGCUGCCCUCGUUGCGGCCCUUGCCGGUCUCUACGAUCUGCCCGUGGAAUCGCUCACCGACGUGGCUCGCAUUGGCUCAGGCAGCGCCUGCCGUAGUCUUUCGGGCGGCUUUGUGCGCUGGCGUCGGGGCGAGCUUGCCGAUGGCACUGACAGUCUUGCCUCUCAGGUCGUGCCCGAGUCGCACUGGCCCGAAAUGGAGGUGUUGAUCCUUGUCCUCUUGACCAAGUUCAACGCCCAAAGUAGCUCGCCUCGUGCCGCGUACACUUAUGAUGCGGGACCCAACUGCGUCAUCUAUGCCCUGAAGAAGGACAUUCCCGACAUUAUUGCCCUCGUCGCACGCUGCUUCCCUUCGUCUACCCCGGCAACCUACGUGCAGGGCCGCACCACCAGCGUCCCUGAAGCCGAGAUUGCUCCCGAGCUGCAAAGCUUCCCCGUGGCUGAGCCCGAUCAGAUCAAGUACAUUAUCCACACGGGCAUCGGUGAUGGUCCCCGCGUCUCCCAAGAGCAUCUGAUUAAUGAGGCUGGUGAGCGCAUCGCCUCUGCUUAA